AAAAUUUGAAUUUAAAAACAGCUUGAGUGUAUUUGUAUUAUUUUCUGAACGCACUCAAUUUGUCUUGCAUCUAAAUUAGAACACUCUGUCAUUAAACGAAAGAUAUUUGACGUUAGCUCAUAUUAUUAAGUAUGUAAGGUUUAUAAAAGUACUUGAUUAAUUUAACAACAUCGAUAUUACAUAAGAUUCUCUUACAAAAAGGAUAUUUUAAGACGAAAAGUUUUGGAAUUUGCCAUUUUUGCUUUAAAUUUUAAAUAUAUUGAUUAGUGAUAAUUUUAUCAGACAAUUUUAAACACAAAAAAAAAAAUUAUAAAGUUAUCCAGCAUAUACACAACACAGCAAAAAUGAAAUACUCUGCAAAUUCCAGUGAAAAUACAUCAAUAAAUACAUUAUUUUAUGAACAAGUACAGCAAGUAUCGAAUAUCUAUGAGCAAUGGAAUGAUUGUGAACGUACUGUCGUUAUUUAUACAUUAUUUAAAAGAUUACCAUUCUCAAAUCUCAAAUUUCUGAUACAUUCAAUUGAGCAUCAUCUAAAACAGAUUGUUACAACGCCUCAGCAAUUAGUCUUGCUCGAGGAAGCAGCAAAUUCACCAUCAUUUUUGAAUAAAUUAAUUCACAAAUAUAAUUCGCUUACAAUUUUCACAUCGAGCAGUGAUAAUAUCGACUCAAACAGUGAACAAGAAUUUAGUUGUAGUGACAGCAUUAAAAGCUUAGAACAUGAUCUCGUUUCAAAAUAUACUACUAAGGAAGAGAUAGUGCAGGAUUUACUCUUGUACUUGCCAUUGCUGAGACCAAAUAAUGACGAAGGCAAAAAAGUCUACAUUCAAUUCCUUCCCAUUCUCAUUGAGGACUCUACUAAACAAAACCUUUCAAUUGAAUUGGUUCAACAACUCCUCUCGUACCUCCUUAUUCAUCCUGGCAUUAAAAAUGAGGACAGAAAGCCAUUGCAUCUAUACCUUCAGAAAGUACAGGAACACAUGUCAAUGGGCUACUCAUUGAACAGUAUUGGAGGCAGUAAUUACAAUAUCUUCUCAUGCGAGAAUCCAUCGUCAUUUAUGUCAACGACAUCUUCAAUGUCAAGUGUUUCGUCAUCAAGCUCGCAAUCCUCUACAACUUGGCCAACAACAAUUCCACAAAUACAGACGAAUAAUAACAACAAUAAUAAUAAUAAUAAUAAUAAUACAGAGAUCUUUAGGACAUCGUCGAAGAAAAGCGACCAAGAAUUCUGGGAUUUACGAAACUUUCAAGUCGCACAAGACUUUUGUGAUGAUCUCAAUCAAGCCAAAUAUCCAACGCCCAUUGGAAACAACACUGCUAGUCAAAGCAUCAGUCUAAAUUCAAGUGGAAAAACUUCAAAAACAUCCAGUAGCAGUGCGAGUAACAAUACAGCAACAUCAAUUUUUGACUCAAAUGAUGAACAUCAUUUAUCGUUCUCGAAGAAUGGCACUGAUGUCGAGUUUGACAACGAUUUCAUGGAUGGAAAGAUUAAUUCAUUAACAGUGACUGUUCCGACACCAAAUAGCAACAGCAGCAGUACAACGAAUGACUUUCUUACUGUACCAAAUUUCUUCAAUGAUCGUCUUUUUAAUGAUGUUUAUGGAUAUGGCGCAUUAAGUGACGGAUUUAGCGAUGAUGGUAAUAAUACAAUUAAGACUAGACGUUCUAAUAGUUUGACAACGCCAACGGCAAGUUGCGACUUUACUUCAUCAUCGGCUGAAAACUUGGCUAAUCUACAAAAACCAAGAAGCUUUUCAUUAUCAAUGGAAUCAUCUCGUAAUGCUUUAAUGACAUGCGGCUCAGAAACGCGCUUAGAUAAAUUAGUACAGAUGCAAAUGAACAAUAAUGUCCAUCAAAUUGGCAUGGGAAACAUUGCAGUUUGGCUUAAAAGCUUACGACUUCAUAAGUAUUUGUGGCUCUUUACUAACAUGACAUAUGAUCAUAUGCUAGAUAUGACUGAAGAAUAUUUAGAGAAUUUGGGUGUCACAAAAGGAGCUCGUCAUAAGUUAGUGCUAUGCAUUCAAAAAUUGUCGGAACGUGCUGCUCAAUUGAAACAAAUCGAAAAGGAAUUGAUGGACGGAACUAAGCCUUUAAAAGUUGGAUUGGAUGAGAUGACAAACAUUAUUUUGACUCCUAUGAAGCCUAUUAACUCAGUUCCUUGCGAGGAAGAUAUCGCCACUAAUGUAAUGCGAGUAUUAGAUUGUGCAUUUCAAAUUAUGCAGAGCAUAAAGUACCUAUCUAGUGCGGACGAAGAAUCAGUAAAUGUGUUUAUGUGGGUUCUCGAUAAGGCAUUACAUCACGAAGCAUUUCUUCAACAAGCAAUUCGCUUAAAAGAGUACAAAUAUAAAUUGCAACGCAUUAAAAUGAUGUUUGCUAAUAAGUUGUAUAAUGGCAAUAGUACUAAUAAUAACAAAGGAAACAGCAUGAAAAUGCGUUGGACGAAGAAUAAGAUGAAUCAAAGUCUUUCUGAUAGUCAGAAGAAUCGUAAGAACUCAAUGCCGUACUAUAAUAUUCAACAGUAUCAACCAAAUCAAAGUGUAGGGAGUAACAAGAGCUUAUCGUAUCCAAGCUUUGGAAAUACACCACAACAGCAACAAAGUGCAACAAAUUUGAGCAACUUUCAGCACUCUGCGAGUCGCGAGAAGUUAAAUCAAUUUACGCUUAUGCAGCAACAGCAUCACAUUCAGUUCAAUCAGCAACCGCAAAUUCCACAACAAAAUAGUAAUGCUUAUCAUCGUAAUUCAUUAAAUAGUCUCAUGCCAUUUCCAGUUCAGCAACAACAACAAUUUCGACGUAAUAGUUGUGGAGUCAAUUCGUCCAUGUCAUCGUUAGUUGACAGUAAUGAGCAAGGUAAGAGCAUUAGUCCAAAUAUGCUGAGUAUGACUCCGUCACUAGCGCCUAAAUCAUCAGCAACAAUGGAUAUUAAUAGUCGCUUAGAAUCAUUGUGUCGACAAAUGACGGAACAAGCCAUCAACUAAGCUCUUCUCUAUACCUGUACUAUUUUUUUGCUCUCUACAACAGUUAAAGCGGGUAAUGCUUGAAACUAGCUAUAUUUAAACACAUUUGAUGCCGGAGCAUGGCGCUCUAUCCCUAUUCUUUUGACUAUAUGACGAAAAAAUACAUUCCUUUUUGAUUGAAUACUAUUUUUAUGAUGAUAUAAUGGUUCUGAGAAGUUGAUUAAUAUUAUUAUUAUUAUUAUUAUUUAUGUGACACGAAAAUAACUCGAAUUAAGAGUCCUAGUGAAUGUGAGGCACUUAUUAAGGUAUUUUUGAGAUUCAAAAAAUUGUAGUCAACUUUAAGUCGUACCGUUACUUGUAACGUAGUCAACUUCAAGUCAUAUAUAUUGUUUUUGAAAAUUAAAAAACCGCUAAUUGUGCUUCACAGAACGGAAGAUAAAAUUGUUUGAACACAGUACUUUAUUAAUUAAAUUAAACACAUUUUUGUUAUAAUUGUUAAGGCCACAUACUCUUUUUGUGUUUUUCUUUCUUUUUUUUCUAACUUGAUUGUAAGUUUAUUAAUUUAAAUGUUGAUUGUUAUUGAUUGUGCGCCAAAAAAAAAUUAAAAAAUUAUAAAUAGUUAUGAAAAUUGCACUAAAAAGAAAAUGAUGUCAAACGACAAUACUCACAUAAUGGAAAAAAAAUCAUUUUUAAUUAGCUUAACAGAAAAGAAAAAUUGAAGAAAAUGUUGAUCUUUAAAACGCUUAUAAACCUAGUUUAGAAAACUAGACGAAGAAACAGAAAACAAACUAGUUUCCACACGACUUUAAAAUUAAUCUUUGAGGCGCAAUGAGACGAAAAAAAAAUUGUUAAUUAUCUUUUCCUUCGCAUUAAACACACAAAAAGAUGCAAUUUCAAUUGUUUUCACAAAUUAAUAAGUUUUAAUAAAAUGGAAAAUGUUUUUCCUCAUUUCAACGAAACACAAUGAAUGUAAUGAAUUUUUUAUAGGACCAGAUAGUGAAAAUGAUGAAGAAAGAAAGAAUUUGUUUCUGUCUAAUUGUGAUGAUAUUUUAUAGCUAAAUUAUACAACAAAAGAAGAAAUUUAAAUGUUUGAUGUGUAUUUGGUAAGAAACAGAUAAACUAGAGUGGUUUAUGAUGAAUAUUGGUAGCUGAUUGAGCAUAAAUUUGAAAAUGUUAACGGUCGCUUGAUUUAUUGAGUUUGGCUUCAAACUUACAUUAUUAAAAAUUAAUCCACAGAUUAAAAAUCGAUUUGGGAACUUGAUUCAAAUUUGACAAAACCGCUUAAUUCCAAAUUCCUAAAAUUCGUUAAAAUUUCAAAAUCCAAAAAUCCGUUAAAUAUUUCAAAGACGAAAACAGCAUAGCUACCAACAAAUUUACCAAAUACAUCAUAAACCAGCACUCAAUGUAGUGGAAAGUUAAUGAUUAAUUAUAAAAAGGAAUCAAAUGUUAAAACCCAGUGAAGAAAUUAAUCAUUUAAGUGAUGUGAGACUGAUCAAUAGACAGAAUUAUGUGAAUGUUUGAGAUAAAAUUGGCUUAAUGUACUUUUUAAUACACGAAAUUGAA